AUGUUACCCGUGCUGCCAUCUAAUAGCACUCUAAUUGGAUCUUCAGUUCAGCGUGUGGAACGUAAAACUCCGAGUAUGAUUUUUCGUAUUGAACAUUUAUUGCCAAGUGCAAGUCCAAGUCGCGAAAGCAGUCGAUCAACUCCACCAUCAAUUGUUGACCAAGCAGCCUUAACUCGACGAAAGGAUUCGGGAGUAUUGGCAGCGGAAGCAGUACAAAAAGAUACCUCUUCAAAGCAUAUAUCCACCUUGACACUGAUAUCCUUUAAUGGAAUCAUCCCGAAUGGAACAGAUUUCUGCAAAGUCCUUGGAGGAAACUUAUCCAGUAUCAUGGAACAGGAUUGUUCUUGGUUGAGAAGAAUAAAACUCUCUGAAGAUGUUCAUAGCUACAAUGUAGUCUUCGAAGUUAACCGACAAAGUAGCAGUUCAGUACAACUUCGAGCUAUCAAAGAUAUUCAAAAGGGUGAAGAACUGGUGGCAUGGUUUUCAGAAGAGUUGGCUAUUUUGAUGUCAAUUCCAUUUCUAACUCCCAGUAAUAUUGAAGGAAAUAAACGAUACACUUGUCAUCUCUGUGGAUUGUCCUUUGAAACACCAAAUCCGCUUAAAAUUCACAUAGCGUUAGCCUGUGGACGACAUUCAUUGGAUAUUUUGUGGAUUCGUUUGCACUAUGCCAUGAAAGCAUCGAUGUUUGCUCAACUUUCGACAGUUGCACCAUGUCCAACAACUAUGACAUAUCCAACGACUACGACAUCUCGGUUAUCAGCUUUCAAGCCUAUAAGUUCGUCCAUGCCGUCAUUGGCUUCGUCGAUUUCAAUAAACCAACCAAGGAUGUUUAUUCCACUGAGAAGUAGUCCACCACAACAUCCGCAACAAUCACCAUCUCAAAGCAUCGUACAACCACCCAUGAAUCCAAUGGAAGCUGCAGCUCAAAUUGAAGCCAUUGUCAGUAAUAUGGGAACUUCGAAACAAGGACAUCUUUGCAUCUACUGUGGCAAGGUGUAUUCCCGGAAGUAUGGUUUAAAAAUUCAUAUUCGAACGCAUACCGGGUUUAAACCGUUAAAGUGUAAAUUCUGUUUGAGGCCAUUCGGUGAUCCGUCUAAUUUGAAUAAACAUGUGAGGUUGCAUUUGCAACCGGGGACAUCGGCUUACAAAUGUCAUUUAUGUAAUAAGACUUUGGCUAGGAGGAGGGAUUUACAGAGGCAUAUGGAGAGCAGACAUUCAAAUGGACAUAAUAUUGAUGUGGAGAUGAGUUAA